UACAAACUGGGUUUAAUAAAUUAACGGAAAAGUUACGAUUGACGAAGGCUUUACUUGGCUAUAAGUAGAACUGUUUGGUUAGAACGCAAUUAUUAAAUGGGCCUGCGGCCAAUAAUGUGUUCGUGGUAAAGUUUCCAUUUUUGCCACUUCGAUUGCCACAGGUGUGGUGGCGCAGUAAUUUGUCAUUUUCCUUUCGGACUAUUCCCUGUGGAGCGAAAGAACCUGGCAGUUGUGUGACAAUUGCCCCGCAGCUGGAGACCCAAACCUUGGCUAAUCAAUAAGUUGUGGUGGGUGGGCACAAAAAUGGAAAGUGGCUUACUCCAAUUGGAACUUUCUCCUAUGAUUGUAGUAUCGAUUAUGAUUUUCAAAGCCGUCUGUGGAUAGAGUAAAUGUCCUUUGGGCAAGCGGCGGAAUCCAUACAAAAAGUGUAUAAAAUAUUACCUCGGCUCAUACAUUAAUAACUAUAAAAAAGGUGAGGCGAGACUAUUAAAAGUAAUGACAACUAAUUUUUAG